GAGUAACCCAGCUCGCGGGUUUGCGACGAACCCAGGUCUUGGGUUCGCGACAUACCCUCAUCUUCUUCCCUUCCUUACAUCCUUGGAUUAAUUCGCCUUUCAACCUGAUUUGUUGGGAAUUCAGUCCAGCUUCGUUCGGAUCUCGAUUUCGAAUUAAUCGAUCAAAAUGUACGAAUUUGAAGCUAUGACCUUCAACAUCCAUGGUGGGUAUUUGGAGGCGAUCGUGAGGGGCUACGGGCCGGCCUCCUCAUUGCCGCCAAUGACAACAACCUCUGCCAGUGCGAGACCCUCGACGACAUCAAGAUGCACCUUUCCGCUACUGAAUACGGGCCUUAUCUCCAAAAUGGUACGUUUCGGUUUCUUCAUAUCUAUUAAUUUUAUUGACGCUGUUCGGAAUUUUGAUAUACAAUUUGAAGUCAAGUGCACGAUCAUGAAUUGAGUAUUGAGCUGAGUGUGAUGAGGUCGAAUGGCGUUUAAUUAUAGUAGGAGAGAGUUCUGCCUGAUGUAAUUCGAUGUUUUGUGUUUUUUCUGGAUAUGUAAUGCCUUGUUUGUUUGUUAUGGUUGCCUUUUAGGUUUUGCUGAGUUCAUAAAAUUCUUUCUAAAUACAACUAAACUGUUUUU